ACCAUGGUGCACUGGUCAGCCGAAGAGAAGCAGCUCAUCGCCAGCGUCUGGAGCAAAGUCAAUGUGGAGGAAUGCGGUGCUGAGGCCCUGGCCAGGCUGCUGAUCGUCUACCCCUGGACCCAGAGGUUCUUUGAUAACUUUGGGAACCUCUCCAGCCCCACUGCUAUCAUUGGCAACCCCAAGGUCCGCGCCCAUGGCAAGAAAGUGCUCACCUCUUUUGGGGAAGCCGUGAAGAACCUGGAAAACCUCAAGGCGACCUACGCCAAGCUGUCUGAGCUGCACUGCGAGAAGCUGCAUGUGGACCCCGAGAACUUCAGGCUCCUGGGAAACAUCCUCAUCAUUGUGCUGGCCACACACUUCAACAAAGACUUCACCCCUGCCUGCCAGGCCACUUGGCAGAAGCUGGUCGGCGUGGUGGCCCAUGCUCUGGCCUACAAGUACCAUUAA